GUCCCUCUUUUUUUCCUCUUCUUCACGGCGGUGGGUCGGAGCCGCUGUGUCCCCGGUCUGGCACGUUCCUAGCCAAAUUCUCCACGGUGUAAAAUUGGAUCCCCCCUUUUUCUCAAAACUAAAAAAUCUCCCCUCUUCAACUCCCCAAAACUGCUAUUCGGUUUUCGUUUGACACAUAUCUCUAAAUCUCCAACAGAAAUCAGAAGAUGGCGGUGGUAAGCGGGAUGUCGGGGUCGGCUGUAGCCCGGCUGGAGGGCCGAGAAUUCGAGUACCUGAUGAAGAAAAGGUCGGUGACUAUCGGUCGGAACUCCUCGCAGGGGUCUGUGGACGUGAGCAUGGGACACUCCAGCUUUAUCUCCCGGCGGCACCUCGAGAUAUUCACGGCGGGGGAAGAUGGCUCAGGCACGGGGGACUUCUAUCUUCGCUGCCUGGGAAAAAACGGGGUGUUUGUUGAUGGGGUGUUUCAAAGAAGAGGGGCUCCACCUCUUCAGCUUCCACGAAUGUAAGUUUUAUUUCCCAUGCUUGUAUAAGUUACACAAUCUGCAGGGUUUUUUUAUGCUCAUGUGUUGUUAUUGUUUUGUUGUCCCGCAGCGAUGUAGCACGUGUUGUGUCAGGCAGCAGCAGGUCUGAAACAUGCUGCACAGUUGUGUGGCGAUAACGUCAUACGAAACCUCCAUAUGCAUAUAUGCACGUUAAGACACAGCGAUGUUUAUUGUUAAAAAACGACAUCCAUUCCGCUUUAUUUGUCGAUUAAAAUAAGCAUGUGUGGUAUCUGGUUCAAUCGGCAUACAUACAACCAACCAGCAGGCAUUAGUGAGACUUGAGUGGGUAUGUUUCAGCCAAAAGGUAAUGCACUGUUCUGUAAUAUACACCUUCACAUAACAUUACCUGUGAUGAACCUUUAUUUUUAAAAAUCACAAAUAUGCUUCAGUUAUUUUUAUCAACCUGAAUGCCGAAUCUUAGUUUGACCUCCAACAAUCUAAAGCACCACCAAUGUGUGAUUUCAAUCUGUGUUUUACUGGUAGAAACAGUAAUAUGAUUUAUUUUGUACCAUAUUGGUAUGGAUUUUUCCUAUUACUACAGAGAGACCACUUUCAUUUUUGGCCAAAGUGCUGCCACAUGCUAGUUAAACAGGCUAACAAGGAAACAAGCAUGGUUAUCUUUCUAAGACAAUGCAACAUAAACUGCAGGGUAGAUAAUGGUAACUGGUGGUGAAUUAUUGUUACAUAGACUAUGGCUGCACAAUGCAAUGGCAGAAAAAAUAUUGCAGUAUGUCUUCUUUGCAAUAUUUCUUUGAGAUUUGAAAAAAAUAUAGGAAAGUAAACAAUGUAAAUGUGGUGUGUCUUGAUGCACACAUAUACAAUUAAAAUUAGCAAAUAUCCCUUUUGUAUUGUUUGACUUUAUUUAUAUAAAAGCUGUCCUAUUUACCACAUAUGGUUCAGCUCUUUACCUGCAAAUCUAACCCUAGGUCUACAGAACAUGAAUAACAUGCAAAUAGUGGUGAUAUUAGUCAUUAUUUGUUAUCGAUAAGGGACAUAGAAAGAAAUAAGUAUUGAAGAGGGUGUAUUAGCUAAAAAUAAAACCCAGUUUACGUAGUCUGUUUGCUGUUUCUGUUGUUUAAUACAUUACCUGUGUUUGCAUCAUGUUACUUUUGAAUCCAAGAGACAUCUAAAAAGCUAAUUUCAUCACCAAAUUAUCACCAGUGUAUCUGAGGUUAGCUGACAGAUGGCUAAGAUGGUGCAAAAGCACAGCUUUAAUACCUCGGCCUCCAUCUAACAGGUACAAUGCACAUGCCAAGUGAGAGAACCAAGAUUGUAUACAUUAAGUCAUUCUCUAAUUUAUUGGGAUAUAUGAAAAUCUUUUGGAUGUGUUAUUUGAAAAGCUCAUAUUACAGUAUUGAUAAAUUUCCAAUAUAUUGUGCAACCUUGUUGUAUACAAUGCAUUUUUUUGUGUUGCAUGCAUAGGGUUUCAGCUACCACUACGAAGCCCAGAUUAGUGCUGUGGUUAAUUCAAUCUGGCUCAAUGUCAGCUUGGCCUCAUGUUACCUGUAGGAGUGUUUACACUGUUCAGCUUAUUUGCUGUUUUUUUCACUGUUCAGUCAAAGGCUUGAACUCUCACAUCUAAUUGUUGUUAUUGUAACCUGACUCACACUGUACCUUCAAUCUUCUUUUGGUAGAAUAUGUCAAUAUUGUCACUGAGCCAGAGAAGUGAUGCAUUCAAAACUGUCAGCAACUGGUCCAAAUAUACCCCAUUAAUACUAAAGUAGACAUGUUAGACAUGGAGCGUUACAUAAUGGUCAUGGAGGACUUCCAUAUUUAAACCGUGUGAGUUUGAAUCUCAGUGCUCCUCUCCUGGCUUCAGUUAGACCUUCUUGGGCUGACUGUUGCUGGGCAGGAGGCUCUUCUGUCUUUCAUACAAAGACAUGGUAAUAAUCAUUGUUUUUCUCACAGAUUUAGUUCCCACGCAGACACAAUCACAGGUCUUUUCAGAUGUCAGUGUGACAGUAUUAAAGCAUGCAGUGCUUUUGCAUUUCUUCUGUUCACAGGUGUUGUUUCCGGUUCCCCAGCACAAGUAUAAAGAUCACGUUCACAGCCCUGUCCAACGACAAGAAGGAGCCAAGGAACGUGCCGGAAUCACCGGUCAAGCCCGUCCAGCCCCAAAUUUCCCCUUUGACCAUCAACAUUCCUGACAACAUCGCCCACCUCAUGAGCCCACUGCCUUCACCCACCGGUACCAUCAGGUAAGAGGAGGUUUGAAUUUGGUGCACUUACCAACACACAUCACAGCAGUAGUUAAAGAUUUUUAUUAAACUGGCUCAGAUUUAUAUAAAUUUUUGGGUUCCAGCUAUUCAUUGAUGAUAGCUCAAGUAGAUGGCUUCAGCUGGCUGCCAUGAAACCGGCUACAACAUAAACAUUAUUUUAUUUAAAUUUGAAGCUUUUUUGCUUUUAUUAGAUAGGACAGCGUGAAAAUGUCUAGGACAACAUGCACCAAAUCAUCUAGUAACUUUUUGCAAUGAGAACUGCAGCUUCUGUACAAGAUUCAACAUAGAUGUUCCGAUACACUCUUCAAAUCCACCAAACUCUUCACCUCCACUGUAUCAAAACAAUCAAAAGUAAGCAAACUAGAUGUAGGUUGAGCAAUGAAGACACCGUCUCUUUUACAGCUCCGUACUGUUUAUUAAGUUUUCGUCUUUUUUUUUUACCUCUGUUCUUUGUCUGUGGAGAUUUUUGUUUACUACCCAGCGUCCUAGCAACACAUUUGUGUGAUUCAACUUCCAGCUCAAUGCCUGGCAUGAAACUCAGGAGCAUGUGCACAAUACCUGGGCCAGUUCAGUUCAAUCGAGUUGUAUGUUGAUGUGCUAGGCUUGAGAAGUUUGAUUUAGUGUGAUUUCAGUAGACUGAUGUGUUUACAUGUAUUUGACAAGCCCAGUUUAGUUGUAUUUGGGCAGUACAUGGAUAUUUUUACGAAUGACAUGUACAUGUACUGAGUAAUUUCAUCUUUGAGCAUACAGGAGCUGCUGCUGCACCACUAAUCAGUUGGUUUUCAUGUCUGAUUAAAAAUUCCAAACAACAAAGUUUCUAAAUUAACAAAAAUUUGCAGGGAAAGCAGACUGGCCACUCUUCGUUCUGCAAUUUAAAAUUCUCGUUUUUGUCAAUGGAGUUUGGUGCCUCAGAUUUGAGCAGCUGUGAUUACAGAUGCUCAUAUACAAAGUUUUUUAGAAUAAGUUUCACGCUGCUGUUACAUGAUAUUUGUGAGCAAACAAGACUUUCAGCUACAAGACUGACGGUCUUUAUAUCCUACUUUUUAAUGUCUAAAACUUGUGUGAGGGUGUCAGCCGAGCAGUCCUGUGGACUAGAGUUGCAAAGACUGUUUUGUCCACAGGGGGCACCAAAAUUGACACAACCCUAAAGUCCCUCAUUAGAUCUUUUUAACUAUUUUUUUCUUGAUGAAACACCUUUGUCCAACAAAUUACCCUCUGGGGAUCAACAAAGUUCUUGUAUUGUACUCUUCUGUUAUUUUCUCCCUCCACUGGCCAGAAUGAGCUCUAUUAGUCGAUGUACUCUAACUGAGUGUCCUUCCCACCAAAUUGUAGCUGCAGCUAUCACAACCUGAAGCAGUAUUUUGUACCUAUUAGCACCAUUUUGAUGUCCUAGGUUCAUUUUGUAACUUUUACAUGUUCAGACCUUUGUAUUUGAAAUCUCUUCAGUGUUCCUUACUUGAUUUAAAGCACAGAUGCUUUUUAACUUUUCUAGUGCGGCAAACUCCUGUCCAUCAAGUCCACGGGGGGCGGGACUUUCCAGUUACCGAACAGGCCGUGUUCUCGCCUCUGACCUGAUUGGAGACAACUCCCAAUCAGAAAACGACAAAGAAGCCUCAGGUGAAGACAGCCCAAAGGUGAGUGUGAGUGAUGCAGACAAGCUGGCACUGAAAAUGAUAGUGAGGAGUGAUAAUACAGUCUGCAUUCAAAGAGGAUGUUUCAAACAAGCCAUCAGAGAAAUCCAGUCCAGUCCUGUUGUCUUCUGAGCUCUGUGGACAUCUGGUUACUCAUUGAAGUCUAAAAAUUACCCAACACUCACAGCGAUGUAGACUUUGGAGCAUAGAGCCUGUCUGAACUUUGCGAGUGUGUGUUCAUGUCUCCGAAUAAACCAGAGAGAGAAAAACACGACGUCAUCUUCCUUUGUGCUUCUUUAACUGAACAUAUCUCCUUCCAUUACCUCAUGAAUUUAACUAUCCUUUAUUCCCCACAGGACGACUCCAAACCUCCGUACUCAUACGCACAACUAAUAGUCCAAGCGAUCACCAUGGCGCCGGACAAACAGCUGACUCUGAAUGGAAUAUACACCCACAUCACCAAGAACUACCCCUACUACAGGACAGCUGAUAAAGGCUGGCAGGUCAGAGGACUCCCCAUUUACUCCCUUUGUUUUCACAGACAUUGAUAAUAAUAGACGGCUUACUUUCUGUCACUCAGUACAGCAGGAAUAGUUUUUAUCGACUUGUUUUGGAAGCUGUAUGUGUUUCAAAAUGUGGUUGUGUACAACUCAAUAUUGUAAUGCUUACAAUAUAAGCUCUAAAAACAGAUCCAUAGGACACACCGACUUACUGUGAAAUCCACUCGCUUCGUGAGACCGGCAGUUUUACAGCCAUAAACUUGGUGUGUUUCUUUUACAUUUUGAGGCUUUUCUGUCGCACAGAGAAGAUCAGUGUAUUUCCACAGACUGGCUAGAUCCAUUUACUCAAAAACAAAAGUAGUCUGUGAGGAUUUAUAUAGUAAUUUAAGUCAAGUAUUAUCAUUUCUGUUGUUGGCUGACUAUAUGAAUGGGAGGCUGCCAUCUUUGAUUUGGUCUGUUGACUAAUCAAAGGCUGCAUCCAAGAUUGGCAGAUCUUAAAGGGAUAUUCUGAUGUAAAAUUGAUUUAGGGUCAAACACAACGUAACACCAAGUUAGACACCCUGCCCGCUUGCUUCUCUGGUUAUACAAACUUUAGUAAUGACCGCACGAUAGCAAUACACAGCGAUCUCAGGAGCCACACGCAAACCUCAACCAAAACGCCACUCUAUAGACACAAAUAAUGCUCAGAACAGCACCUAACUUCAUCAUCAGUACAUACGGAGUCCUAGUACUAGCCACCAAACAUAUUUUUAGCUUUGCCUGGUUACUUUAGCAAAGAGACUAAACACAACUCACCCACUCUCCUCCAGCGGCCACUUGUUUGUGGAGCCCUGACGAGUAGAUCACUGAGUGCAGCGGAGUUUCGCAGCUAAAGGAAGAACAUUUAUGAUCAUUACUUCAUGGAAAUGCAAUCAGACCAAGACACUAAGGCAGAAGAACUACCAUGUCUGCAGUGCAAAAUGAUUUUUAUGAUGAUUAUUACUUCAUGGAAAUGAUCCGGAAUGUGUAUUGCUAUCGUGUGGUCGUUACUAAAGUUGGCAUAACUAGAGAAGCAAGCGGUUGGCAACAUUCAUCUCUCCAGGGGUUGUCUAACUUGGUGUUACGGUGUGUUUGACCCUAAAUUAAUUUUACGCCGGAAUAUCCCUUUAAAAGGCCGAAUAAGAAGCCCAUCUCAGUAAAGCGUAUAACACUUGUGCUAAAAUUUGUGUUGUUGACACAGAAAAGCUGCUCAGGUCUACUUUUGUUCAUGCAGAACAUCCACAUGAAGUGAUAAAGGCAGACUCAGUAAUGGCACCAGAAUCAAAAAUGGACCAAUUCCUAUCUCUGUGUGUGUCUCAUCUCUACACCUGCUGCUCUGUCACAGCCGACUGUGAACAGAUUGGCAAAUGACAAUGUUUCAUAAAGUCCUUUAAUUAAUGUUUAUGUCUGCUGUUGACAGAGAGCAGAGGAAAUAGACAGUGGAGAAUAUGUUGGGAUUUCCAGCAUGAGUUUUAGUCUUUGGUACAGUCUGUCUGUAGUCCAGGUUGUUUAGGCGUUAGUGACAUCCCAGCCCUAGUCAGAGGGAUCUCUUUAAACAAUUUCCCUCGUUCCUAAUGUUCAGAAUUUUCGGUUUGAGCCACAAAUGUGCUUGACCGAAACAGUUCAGAUUUCCUGGCUGUCUUGAACGCAUCAGAAAUAAUAGAACUUUCAUCUAUUUAACAAACAAACAUUUUGAAAGUUAUUUCCUCCUCCUCCUGAGAACAGACCUGACAAAGCUGGACUGUCUUUCUUAAAAAACCUUCAUCAUGAUGCUGUAAUUACAGAAAACAUAAUACCUGUAAGUUACAAGUCCAUUUUUCAGACUCAGACCCCUGAAGGAAAUCAGAGUGAAGCUUCUGAGUAAUGACACUGUCUACUGUUGGCACUGAGACGCACUUGAAACAGAAGAAUGGUAUUUAAUUAAUGAGCAAUCAGAUGAUGAUUGUCGAUGAGUAAUAAGGCUGAACUCUUAUUGACUCAUUAAAUGUUGGCUGCGGGCUCUGCACUUCUGCAUAAUGGCUGAUACACAGGAACGUCCAAAACAUGCAGCAAACUUCACCUGAUGAUCUCUGAUGACUGGGAGUCUUAGUCUGCAUGUACUGUCGUGUCAGAAACUCUAAAUUACACCACCUUUUAUUCCUGUUGAGUAUUAACUCAAUUAAUCACCCAGUUUUAUGUUAUUGUGGUAUUUCAUUUUUUAAAGGCUGAAGCUUUAGUGGUGUAACAAACCCCUCAGGUUCUUCUGAGUCCACCCAGCAUACAUGUUUUUGUAGACCGGUCCUCUCGGACGGAUCCUCCCUCAUCUGUUAUCCACAGGGUCCUUUGGUGUCGCAGAAGAAUAUUAAAUGUCAUUACGGAAAAAUUGAGGUUUAAAAAAAGGAUCAGGGAAAAUAAGGCUGUGUGGAAAUUUCUUGAAGGAGUUUCCAGACUUCAGCCCCAAGAUGUUUUCAAGAAUAUAAAAUUCAUGCAAGCUGAGUGUUUUUCUCUAAGUCUGGAGCAGAGACAGUGUGAGUGAAUACAGCUCAGAUUGAGCUUCAGGGGUUUGAAGUGAAGUCCGUACAGAUCAAACUCCAUACUGUACGAAUGUGACAGUCUGUAUCCUGUGUAUAAAACCACGAGUCGCACAGGCUCUUGUGAGGGUGUAAUUCUGACCUUAAACACUGGGUGGAGUUUUUUUCCAAUGUAUUCAAGGUUCACUUUCUCAAAACCAGUGGUUCUCAAGUCCAGUCCUCGAGGUCCACAGUCCUGCAUGUUUUGGAUGUUUCCCUGCUCCAACACACUUGAUUCAAAUGAUCAACUCGUUAUUAAGCCAUUACAGAGCUUAAUAACGAGCUGAUCAUUUGAAUCAGGUGUGUUGGAGCAGGGAAACAUCCAAAACAUGCAGGACAGUGGGCUUCGAGGACUGGACUUGAGAACCACUGUUCUAAACUGUGAACACAGAACUCAGUUUUUACACCAUAACCCCAGACCUCUGAUAUUAAUGACAAAAUCAAGCUAUCACAUCAAAACAGUUUCACCUGAGCUCAGAAUCAAACACGUCACACACACGACAGUCAGAACAAGAACACAGCUGUGCAGGUACAACACACUGCGUCACAGAGUCAGCAAAUAAAGUUGGCUGAGAUGAACGAAACAAUUAAAAGAAAAAUAGGCGAAAUUUUCCAAAGGAACAAAAUGUUUUUUAGAACUGAGAAGAGAAGAAGAACCUCAGGAACCAUUUCUCGAUUCCCAUCCCUAAAGAUGGUAAACACCAGGGGUAGGAAUCACUAGUGUUCCCACGAUACGACAUUAUCACGAUACAUGGGCCAAUUAAUUAUUAUUUUUAAAAAUCAAUACUUGGUAAAUGAGACAAUACGAUGUAUCACCAGACAAAAUAUCAUGAUACUAUGUUCUGUUGAUUUUUUUCUCCCACCCCUAGUUAACACACAUCUGUUCUUGGUCUGUCUCAUCUUCUUAUUCCUCUUCUACCUUUUCCUCCUCUGCCUCUUACAUUGUCUUUAUCCCUCUCUGAUAUCAACUCUCACCUCACCUGACUGCCUCAUGUUCGUGUCAUCACUUCAUUAGCAACAAGUGUUUUCAGUUUUGAGUUGUUGUGUGUAAACGGACACCUGUGCUUUAGCUGUGUUUAACUUCUCACACCUGUGGUUACCUUUAUGCAUCACAGUUUAAAAUGCGUUUAAAGAGUUUUAGUGAGGGUGAAAGUGUUUUACAGAGUUAUUCAUCUGUAAUCGACACUCUUUUGUGUUUCUGUGUGUUUCAGAACUCAAUCCGUCACAACCUCUCCUUGAACCGGUACUUCAUCAAAGUGGCGCGCUCUCAAGAGGAGCCAGGGAAAGGAUCGUUCUGGAGGAUCGACCCGGCCUCUGAGGGCAAACUGAUCGAACAAGCCUUCAGGAAGCGCCGGCCCAGAGGAGUGCCCUGCUUUAGGACUCCUGUGGGACCGCUCUCCUCCAGGUAAACGACAAACCGACUUAAACAGGGGUGUCCCUCAACCCAAAAGAAAGCUGUGAAAGCUGGAACCUGUGUGACAUUGUCUUCACUUCGUCAUGUUUAACGUAUUUAAUGCUCCAAGUGAGAAGUGAGCAGGGAAUGAUCUAAUCUGUACAUUCAGGAUGGUGGCGAGAGGACAUUGGAGGUUUUUCAACACCUUAACAUUUUAGGUUAUGUAUUUCUCGCGCUUCAAUCUUUUGCUUGGCAAUUUCCACGCAGAGGUCAAGUGAAACAAGACCUGCUUUCAGACAUGCAGGCUAGAAAAUGUCUAGAAAAUGUCAGAAGCUCUUUACCUGACUUAACUUGACCUGACCUGAGGGAAUGUCAGGACUCUGAUUGUGACGUCAAACGGACACUCAAUGAUUCACACUCGUGUCCAAGAUUAAACUACUUAUCAAUUUACUCAAUUCUUUCAUAACUAUAAUAUACUUUACAUCUUAGUCUUAGUUUUGUGCAUGUCUGAAACCAGAAUCUGAAUAUUUUCUAUAGAGGGGCUAAAGAGGGUUUUCAUGAUGUAUGAAUUAAACAAAAAACUGCCCAAAUAUAAACUUUGCUCACAGUACAAUAUGUUUGUAAGUUUUGAAUUAUUCUCUGCCGGCAAUCCUGAGAGAUAUUGAUCAGAUAUUACCUUGACAAAAAAAAUACUAAACACAACAGUUCCACAGCUCAUAAUGGAUAUAAAUGGUGUUUUUUCUUAUAACGUACAACGUGCUAAAUAUCAAUUUGUGGAGCAGGCUCAUAAAAACAAACUCUGCUGAAAUAUGGUCUCUUAAGGCAAAGCUCAAAUUGCUAAAUGUCACAGAGUCCAGUUUUGUGCACAGAGGACUAAGCAUGUCCACAUGAUCGGCUCUCAGUCUGAGUUUGAUGAAUUAAGUCAAUAAUGAACUUUUUUUUUUGUUUCCCAAGGAGCGCUCCAGCUUCUCCCAACCACACAGGGGCGCUGUCUGCCCACUCAAGUGGAGUCCAGACCCCAGACAGCCUGUCCAGGGAGGGCUCCCCAGUCCCCAUGGAGUCAGAACCAACCCCACCCCCUGUCCCGACCCAGACAGCUACAGUCCAGCCCAAGCUCGCCGUCAUCCAGGAGGCCCGCUUUGCACAGAACUCCCCCGGUAAAAACAGCUUCCUGUGUCGAUCUUCUUAAAUUUGACACGGUGCCUUUAUAAACUGCUUAUGAUUCCACGUUAAAUCAUUCAUCAAUAACCUGAAGCCCCGCCCCCUUCGACAGGCUCCCCCCUCAACAACCAGCCGGUCCUGAUCGCCGUGCAACGCCAGGUGCCUCAAACGACCAUGAAGCCUGUGACCUACGCCAUGGCCACGCCGGCCAUCGUAACAACGUCUGUUAGCUCCGCCCCCGUCAUGCAGACCGUGCAUGUUGUCCACCAGAUCCCAGCUGUCACUAUGGCAACUGUUGCUGGACAGCCUGCUGCUACAGUGAGCCCAGAACCUCAGGAGAACGGAGGCGGAGAUCACCAAGAAGUCAAAGGUGAGAGCUGAUGGAUGUGGUCGUCUUUUGCGAGAAAAAAUCAGUUUUGAUCCGAACACUGCUCUGUCCCGCCUCUGACUGAAGUUAAUGUUUCUGUCUUUGCAGUCAAAGUGGAGCCGGUCCCCUCCAUCACAGCCACGUCUAUAGGCGGAGUCAGUCGCAUCAUUCAGAGCUCUCAGGCUGCUCCUCUGACCACAGUGACCAUCGUGCAACAAGCUCCACUUGGCCAACACCAGCUCCCCAUCAAGGCCAUCACACAGAACGGGACCCACCUGGUCCCCAUCAGUACUGCUGCUAGCACAGGUGACUCACACACAUUAACACACUCACCUGCACAUAUAAUAACAACACAUGGUAAUAGCGAUGCAUGGAUGUAUCAAUUGACAACACAUUGACUGAGUUUUUUCAAUUAUUCCCCAAGGUUUGGUCCCCUGAAAACACAUAAAACUGAAAGAUCAUAAAACAGUUACUUGAUUUUCUUGACGCCCCGACAGAAAACCAAGCUCUUCUUGUAAUCCUUUCAGAUAAAUAUGCAAUUACAUACAGAUAUGAGUUGAUUAGCAAAGAGGGUAUUCUUGUCUCUGUCUCAAGUCCACAAGAGUAAUUUAGCACGAAAUGGUUGGACUGGUGUUUGGAAAUUAGUCCAUAUGAAGGUAAAACUGUCUUAAAGACUGCUCGGCCUCUGAGGAAUAAUCUACACUUCAACACAGUCAAUAUAACUGAGGUCUAAAUAACCCAGUCUAAAGUAUAUCAGUAUAUCAGCAAGAAAAGCAGAAAUGUAGGUUUCCUUAGGGCCUGUUUCCACUGACAGCAUUUUCUUCACAGACAGUGGUCACAACCUCAAUUUGCUUCAGAGUGCGCUUAUUUACUGUAACAAGGUUAAAAUCAACCAAAAUGAAUUACAUCCUGGUCUUAGCCGCAGCUCUACACCAGCAAACUCUGUCUUUAAGAGGAAAAAACCUUCAUCUCUGUAUUUGUUGUUGAUUUAGAUUUUUUUAGAUGUGAAUGUUUCGCACAAUUUCGGAAAUCAGGAUUUUUCAUUCAAAACUGGGGAUCCAGAUCAAUGACAACUUUAACUGUUUAUGUAUCUUGUGAUGGACUCAGUCUGAUGUUUUUAAACUAGCAGCAUUCAGUCAUAUUAGCUGUUAGUGUUGAUUAAUCUUCACAGUACAGUAUAACGUUAGCUUACAGGUAAUGGCCAGGUAAAUGAUGUAGUGAAGAGCACUUUUUUCCCCCCUAUGUCUCUGCUUUAAUAUCACAAAUGCCCCCAACUGGUUAGAUAAAUCCACAUCCAGAAAAUCAGCGCUAACCAACCCAUAGUCUUUUUGAGGUUGUUGUGGAUGAGGCUCUUUAUUUUCUCAGGUGGUAAAGCCACCCAUUCUUCUCAGCAAAAAGCCUCCAGUUCCUGUAAAUUCUUGGUCUCACAGUGCAGAUUUGAGAUCGCCCCAAAAUAGCUCAUUGAUAUUCAGGUCAGGAGACUGAGAUUGCUUCUCCAGAACCUUCACUUUACUCUGCUGUAGCCAAUGACAGGUCAGCUUGUGUUUUGAAUCACUGUCUUGUUGGAACGUCCAAGUAUGUCCCAUAUGCUGCUUCUGGGCUGAUGAGUACAAAUUUUCCCCUCUGUAUUUUCUGAUAACAUGCUCCAAUUGUAGUUGCAGCGGAAAAGCUCAAUUUUGGUCUCAUCACUCAUAAUGACUCUGUUCCAGAAGUUUGGAGGCUUGUCUCUGUGCUGUUCGGCGUAUUGUAAGAGGGCUGCUUUGUGGCAUUGGCGUAGUAAUGGCUCUCUUCUAGCGACUCGACCGUGCAGCCCAUUUUUUUGAGUGCCUCCUUAUUGGGCAGUAAUAUGAUUUAAGUAAUAAAAGCAGUAAAUGCAAUAAAGAAAGAGAGAAACUUAAGCAUGAAUAAAACCUUCAGAGAUAAGGCAGUGAAACAAGUUACAACAGAGUAAAGAGAUGCUAAAGGGCAAGAACAGGAAGUAGGGAUCAUAAAAAUGAUCAAAUAAAUCGAUAAAGAAUGAAGCAGUUAGGAAAUAAAUGGAUUUGGUUUUCAUGUGACAACAGUGUCACAUGAAAACCAGAAAAUCAAAGGGAGUUUUGAGAAGUAAUGUUUUAGAUGUAACUGAUUCUGCAGCCUUGUCUCCACAGGUUGGUCCUUUUAGUCGAUUGGACCCUGAUGGGAAAAACUUAAUCCCUCUAGAUUUAGGCUUCAACUUUGGAACAACCAGGAAUAAUUUCUCUGAUUUUUGUCUACUGUUAAUCACAACCCAUAAGCCAUUGAUGAGUGCUGAACUGCAGUGGUUUUAUAUGAAAGUAGGAGAUGCUGUCGGUGGACACAGGCCCUUAUUGUGGCACUCUCAAUCCUGCACACAGCCGUACCAACUUUCCCUCUUCUUCUUCUCCUAGCUGUUGCAAACCCUCUUCACCUCCUGGCUGCUCAUGCCUCAGCCUCAGCGUCCCUCCCCACCAAGAGGCAGAACGGAGAACUGCAGGAGCAACCCGAGUCCAAGAGGAUCAAAACAGAGGUGGAAGAGGAGGGUGAAGCAGCUGCUAACAACAAGAACGGCACCACGGACACAGCCGGAGAGGGAGGGGUCAGUGAACACAUCGAAGACAAGUAGCCUGACCCCUGCUCUCCUGUACGCAAUGAGCCUCACCCCUUCCUCACUCGGUCACCCUGCCUCCUCCUCUUCCUCCUCCACCUCCUUCGUCAUCUCACCUCGUCAUCAUCGACUCCACGGUGCCAAACAGAGAAGAGACACAGAAACACCUGCAGGACUCCAGAAUGUUCAACCCUCCUGAAAUCCUCUUCCAUUUAUUUAAGACCACGAAACUCGAUGCAAAAACUAGAGACCAAACUGAACAUGGAGGCGAUAAAAAGACGACUGUGAAGUUUGAGACCCAGACGGCAAGAAGAAGCACAGGAGGACAGAGAAAAAACUAAAAAUCCAGAUAAAAAAAAAAAGAGAAAGAGAGAGAGACUUAUCGGACGAGUGAGCGGUCCUGAAACUCCCCAAAGACGAGAAGGAGCCUCAUCCUGGUAGCAUUAAAGCGCUUAAACUGUGUCGGAUAGAAAAAUCAGCAGUAGUGUGUUCUGCAAAGGGAAGUGUGUGUCUGUGGACAUUCCCAUCUUCGGCAGCUAGCCUCCGUGUUGACCUACCUAACCCCGUCGUGAGUAGAAAUGCAGUAUUCUGUUGUACAAGUGAUCUUUUUCAGUGUUUCCCGAGGCACAGAAACUAUCUAGUAAUAAUUAAAAAGCUAUAAAUGGGGUCUUUGAGAACAUUUAAACAUCACAACACGAUACUUUGGGAAUCCUUUUUUCGUUGUUUUUGUAUGUGGACUAAAGUGAAAAUGAAUGUAGUCUCCUUUUUUGUUCCUUUUGAAGAAAACACUAUCUAUGGAGUGGAUGUUCUGUUUUCUGCUCAGUCAUGCAAAAUGAAAUUUCUUUAUCACUGUACAUGGACAGAUUUUUCAUAUUUUACAAAUAUCCUAUGAGAUAAAAAGUAUAUUCCCAUGCGUAUUUGACCAUAUGCUUCAUCCAGCUUGCAUGUUACGGAUCUAGAGACAAUGUACUUGAGCAGAUUAUCUGAAUAUGGAACUGAAGAAACUUUAGACUGAAUCUACGCUAUAUGAUUCUGACCAGUGCUGCACUUAACCCUCUUAGUUGUUUUUAUGUUCUCCCUUUUGUAUUUUUCAUUUCCAUCCUGGGCCGUGUUUGUUACCUUUGUGUUGGAGUUGGCAGAAGUCUCUUUGCUUGAUUCUUUUAAGUAUUCUGUUCAGGCUACUAAAACAGUCGAAUCGGAUUGUAUUCUAUGUUACACCAGGAAAAACAAGUGAUAGGUGUUUGUUCUGCUUCAGUGGGUAAAUGCUUUUUUUAUAAAUUUAUUUAAAACACAUAACAUCUUAGUUUGUAUUUCUUUCAGUAAAAGCCUUCUCUGCUGGGCAAACGCAAACUCAAA